AUGCUUUGGUGGGAAGAACCAACACUACCUCAAGGACAUCUGCAGCAAGAUGUUACUACUCAAGUAUCUAAGCCAAAGGGGACAAAUGUUACCAAGCUGCCAAGUGAAAUCAACAACCUCCGUGAGUUGGAAGUAUUGGAUAUCCGACAGACAAGGGUGCCUGCAGCUGCAACAGUACAUGUCAUACUCUUGAAGUUGAAGCGUUUGCUGGCUGGCUCAGUUGUUAUGAGUUCAGGGCCAAGCAAUAAUGAAGUAUCUUAUGUUAUGGUGCCUGACAAGAUCGAAAAGAUGACAAAUAUGGAGGUAAUGUCCAAUGUCAAGGCACGAAAUAGUAAUGAUUUGAAGGAUAUUGGCAAGCUAUGGCGGUUGAGGAAGCUUGGUGUGGUUAUUGAGCAGAAGGACAAACUCAUCAGGAAUUUGCUUCAAACUAUCUGUGACCUGCAUGAGUGCCUCCGCUCUCUGUCAAUCACUCUUCCCAUAACCGCAGAAGACUCUUCUGACGAUAACUCUCCCAAGCUUCUUUCCUUUGAGGGACAGUGUCCCAAGUUUCUGGAGAGCCUAAGAAUUCGCGGAACCGCAGAAACGGGUCAACUUUUUCAGUUGUUGACCAAAGAUGGUGACCAACUUCAACUUGCCAAGGUAACUCUAUCUGGUACUCGACUAAGGCAGGCUGAUCUGGAGAUCCUCGCCAAGCUACCCAAAUUAGUCUGUCUCAGGCUCCAAGACAGGGCAUACAUCGAUGGCAGGCUCAGUUUCAACAAGGAGAAAUUUAAGGGUCUCAAGUGCUUUCUUAUUGAGGGUUCCGAGAUAACUGUCCUUAGCUUUAAUGGUGGAGGUCCUAAACUCGAGAAGAUCAUUCUGUCGUCCACUAAUGGCCUACAGUCUCUUUCUAGAGUCGAAGACCUUCAUGAACUGAAGGAAGUCGAGUUGAAGAACAGCAAUAAGCUAUCAUUAUCAUUAUUUGAAAAGGCGAAAAACAUCUCCAAGGUGACUCUCUGUCGUACCAUUCUUUGUCAAGAUGAGGUGGAGAUUCUUGCCAAGAUGCCUAACAUGCGCAGCCUAGUACUCAAGGAGAUAUCUUAUGCACAGAGCCUGCUCAUCUUCUACAAAGACGACUUCCCAAGGCUCAACCUUCUAACCAUCGACUUUUCUGUCAUCACCUGUAUUGGCUUUACUACCCAAUCUGCUACUAAGCUUGAGAAAAUCAUAUGGUCCUACAGAAAGGGUACACUACUCUCCGGCAUUGACGAGCUUCCAAAACUGAAGGAGCUCGAGUUCAAUGGUGAUUUUGUCCCCGAUGAGGUGAUAGAUGCAUUGAAGAAACACAAGAACAAUCCCAAGCUUAUACACAACAAACCAGGCAACCAGGAAGCGAGAAACAUACCAGAAAAGAAAGAUGCUCCAAGAUUCCCAUUAUUCUGGAAGAAAGAGGAUUGA